UAUAUUUUUUAAAUUAUCUGUUUACAUCAGAAAAUUUCUUAUAACUUACAUUCUUUAUAAAAAGAACUAAAUCGUCAAUAUUGUAUGAAUCAAUUUAUUUAUUAAAGAAUUAUUUUGAAAAAUUAUAAUUAUUCCACUUUGUUAUUUGAUAUUAAUUAUUACAUUAUUAAAAAUGCAAAAAUAACCAUCCCUUAGUUCAUUUUCUGUGUCGUAAAAAACUCUUAAACAAUGUUGCCUCCUCAUAAUGGUGAAGUUAUGCAUUUAAAUGUUGGUGGAACAAGAUUCUCAACAUCCAAACAGACUUUGACAUGGGUUGCAGAUUCAUUUUUUACAGCCUUAUUAAGUGGACGAAUAUCUAGUUUACGAGAUGAUACAGGAGCAAUAUUUAUUGAUCGAGAUCCUAAAGUGUUUGCAAUAAUACUGAAUUAUUUAAGAACCCGUGAUAUAGAUAUUUCUAGUACUGAUAUUAGAACUUUAAGACAUGAAGCUGAAUUUUAUGGUAUUACUCCAUUAGUCAAACGAUUAAUUCUUUGUGAAGAUUUGGAACAAUCAUCAUGUGGAGAUAUUUUAUUUUACAGCAUGUUACCAGCACCAAAUCCACCCACACAGGAAUCUGAAACAGUUUGUAGUAUUGCUAAAGUAGAUGAUCAAACUAGACCUGGAUCUAUUGUUCGUGUACCAGAGCCAGCACCGCCACCAAAUUCUCCAUCAUCGAUACCUCAUACUCAUGGAUAUCAAAGUCGUUGUCAUUCACGUAAUUCAUCUUUGGAUAUAUCUAGAGUUACUGUUAAUGGUCGUGGUUCAGUUAUUAAUGGACGUAGUAAUGGUAAUAGUGGUCAUUCAAGAGCUGCUUCAUUAGGAAAUCAUGUACCAAAUCAUCACUCCAGAAAUUCUUCGGCUGAUCUCAAUAAAUAUAUAAGAAAUGAUGCAUUGAACUUGGUUUUUGGUUACAAUCAAGGUUCAAAUUGGGCCGAUCCACUGCGUGUUCAAAUUAUUAAAGCUCAUCAUAAUUGGAUUGUAGUUGCUUAUGCUCAUUUCAUAGUUUGUUACAGGUUAAAAGACUCUAGUGGUUGGCAACAAGUUUUCACAUCACCACACAUAGAUAAUUGUAUAGAGAGAAUAGCUAUAAAUGCUAAAAUGAAUAGUCAAAAUGGAAGUUCCGAUGGAUCUUCAGUUAUGGUUGCAAUAUCUUAUGGAAAUCAAGUUCGCCUUUGGGCUGUAUCUGAACAAGGAUCUAGAACAAACAUAGGUACAUUUAAUUUAAAUGUUCGUGUUGAACAUUUAUUUUUUAUUGGUAGUCAAUUAGUUGCUUUAUCUCCAACUGGUAAAAUUGGUGUGUGGCAUGCAAUGACUCAACAUUGGCAAACUCAAGAUGUAGUACCUAUUGCAUCAUUUGAUACAGCAGGAUCAUUUUUGUUACUUGGUUGUAAUAAUGGCUGCAUUUAUUAUAUAGAUAUGCAAAAAUUUCCAUUACGUAUGAAAGACAAUGAUCUUCUAGUGACAGAACUCUAUAAAGACCCAUCAAAUGAUCCUAUUACUGCUAUUUCUGUGUAUUUAACACCUAAAACAAGUGUGAGUGGAAAUUGGAUAGAAAUAGCAUAUGGUACAAGUUCUGGUACAGUACGUGUAAUAGUUCAACAUCCAGAAACUGUUGGACAUGGGCCUCAAUUAUUUCAAACAUUUACAGUACAUCAAAGUUCAGUAACUAAGGUAACACUGUCAGAGAGAUUUCUUGUAUCUGUUUGUAGUGAAUACAACCAUGUAAGAACAUGGAGUGUAACCAGAUUUAGAGGAAUGAUUUCAACUCAACCUGGUUCCACACCAGUUGCUUCAUUUAAAAUAUUAUCUCUUGAAGAGGUUGAACCAUGCAUUAGUUAUUGUGCUGGUAACGAUUGUGGCCCAUAUGGUGAACAAGAUGAUGAACAAGUAUUUGUUCAAAAAGUUAUGCCAGAAACUUCUGAAUUAUUUGUACGUUUAGCAUCCAAUGGUAAAAGAGUUUGCAUAAUUCGAGCUGUAGAUUGUACAAUUAUAACAUGUUUCUGUGUUCAUGAAUGUGAAGGAUCUAGCAGAAUGGGUUCUCGUCCACGUAGAUUUAUAUUAACUGGACAUUCAAAUGGAACUUUGCAAAUGUGGGAUUUGACAACAGCUUUAGAUUUGGCUAAUAAAUCACUUCAGUCAACUCCUAAUGGAGGUCCAACAGCUGAAGAAUUAUUAAGACUACUAGACCAAUGUGAUUUAAGCAACAGUCAUUGCUCGACACCAAGUUUAUCUCCUUAUCCAGGAACAUUAUUUUCUAGGGGAAAUGCUGCUAGACUAAAAGCUUCUAAUGUUGCAUUUCUUAAUCAAUCACAGCAAACUGAUGCUUCAACUUCAACAUCUUCUUUGUGAAGACAAAUCAGUUCUCAAUUUAUAGAAUACAUCUAUAUUUAAUUUGUGAUAAAUAUUUACUUAAAGACAUUAAUAAUAAUUUUAAAAAAAAUGUUGAUUGAAUCUCUAUACUAAAUUGUUAUAAUAUAAUAUUUUUCUUUAACAAUGCAAAUACUAUUAGUUAUUUCACUAGUCUUUUUUUUUUCAAAAUAAAUUGCCAGAAUAACUUAAAAAUAUGAACUAAACUAUUAUAUAGUUCUAACUUUAAACUGAACUUCUUUAAUAAAAUG